AACUAAAAAACAACUAGAAGAGGAAGAAAAGAAGAUAAUUAGCGAAGAACAUUGGUAUCUCGAUUUACCAGAUCUUAAGGAGAAGGAGAGUUUGUUUUACGUGGGAGAUGAAGAAGUUGAGGGAGGGAUGCACAUGUGUGAGAGGACAAGAGGGAUGGAACGGUUCAAGGAAGAGCUUUAUAAUAGAAGAGAGCAGCUUUAUGCCAUGUGAGGAUCUACUUUAUGGCAGAAUGUCCUUUAAAGGAUUCAAUCCGGAAAUUGAGAAGUUAAUGGUACAAAUGAACUCUAAGUCCAAGAAAGAAGAAACUGAAGUGGAUGUUAAAAUGGAGGCUGAUGUGUCAGAUGAAGAAAUGGCCAGAAGAUAUGAAACAUUAGUGGGAACAAUAGGGAAGAAAUUCUUGAAAAAGAGAGACCAGCGUGUACUCCAGGAUGAAGAUGAAGAUGAGAAUAGUAACACAAGACCUAGCAAAGCUAAGAAAACGUUCUUAAAACCCCAGGAUUAAUGUGAACUGUACAGCCAGAGCUAAUAGAAAUGUUAUCUACCAAAUACAGUACCAUGAACUGGAGAUUGGGUUUUUUGCUAUGUAAUGUAAAGGAUAGAUUUGUAAAUAUGAGUCUGUUCUCAUUGAAAUUUCUGCUGUCCACAUGACAAGUAUUUUUCAAAGUGGAUGUGCUUAUAAUGGAUGUCAUACAUCCUUUCCUCUCUGAGCAGCUUUUAGUGAGUAUCGGGCGUUAAGCCCAUUGGCCAUUUUUAAUGUUGUGCAUGAGUAGGAUGAGUGUCCUGUGCAACUGAGAGCAACAGUAUUUACAUUUUAUGAUAAUAUCUGAAAGAAGUGUGUGGAGCAAAGGUGGGCUUUAUCCAAUCCAGUAAAGCAAUUCAACUUUCACUGCUUUUUUGUUACGCAAUGAAAACUUUUGCACUCAUUAAAAGGGAAAAAAUAGCAGGUA